AGAUGUAAAAAAAAGUGGUGAAACAAUGCAGGGGAAUGUGGAGUGGGAAGCAGAAAAUCCCAGUCAGUCAGUCAGUCAUUAAGUAAACAAAAUUUUUACGCUCUUUGCAUCACUCACACUACGCGUACGACGACGUAACGAGUGCUGAGAGAGAUUAUGAUGUGCUAAUCGAUCUAAUGUAUUGCAAUAUAUGCAUGAAAUCAUAUCUAUCAUGCUUACUUGUCCAUUGCAUUCGCAAUUCGUACAUAUCAUCCGUGUUGGACUGAAUUUAAUAAAAGCGAAAUCAGAUCCCAGAUCAGAACUCAGUUUGAACAAAGCAGUUAAUUCGGAAAGAUCGCGAGGUGCGAGAGACAAAAUCGGAAGUUCAAAAAAGCGUAUCUGUAAGUGCUUACCUUGGUGAAAAUAAAGGAUAAUUUAUUCAGUGCAAAGUGCAAGUUUGCAAUAAAAGUGAAGCCAAGUAUAAUAAAAUUUUGUACGUCAAUUCCAAAGUUGAAGUGAGACAAUAAAAAAUAUCUGUAAAAUGCAGUACACGGCUUUGUCAGUUAUAGUGGUUCUGAUUUCCAUGCUAAAAGUCUGCACCUCUUUCCCCGCAGACAAGGCGAAACCUUACAAAGUGAUAGAUCCACUUCCACUCUUCGUACUGAGUCUCCCCAUGGAAGUUGAUGAGCCAGGAAACACUGUUGAGAACCUGCCAGGAAAACCGAGCAGUGAAAAUGACCAAAAACCAAAAAGGAACGGAAUCUUUAGCGACAAUUCGGACGCGUGUUGUCCCACCGUCGUUGAAGUGAUUGAACCACUCGGUGGCAAAAACAGAUCAGGAGACCUUGUCGAGCUUUAUCAAGGCGUGGAUGGCGUGCGCCAACGUUUUUACGAAGUUUCCUGCUCUCCCUCCAUAGUGGAUAAGCACUGUCGUUUUCUGGACCGGAAACACCAGCACAAUUCCAGAUGCGUGCAGCAGUACUCGUACACGUACGCGUUGGUUCGAGACUUUGGGGUUGAUUACGACGACUCGGUGAACGGGGGUGGUUGGAGGCUGGACUAUAUUCAGGUCAGGUCGGGCUGCUCGUGCAAAGUGAAUUCCUCCAGGCAUCACAACAACGGAGGGUCAAAUUGAACACUGGAGAGUUAAGUGAGAUUUCAAAGAAAAGAACUGAUGGAGCAAACCGAAAAGUCUUGAUUUACCUCUCAUCUCAUCUUACUCACAUUAUUUAAUUAAAUACCUUUAAAAUAAUAAUGAUGCUAGUGGAUUAACUUGUCAGUUAGGUCGGAAGGUGUCUGUUACCCACGCUUAUGAGACAGAAACUAUUAGUGGUGUACUUUUACGUUAAGAAAUGAAUCUCAAUUUAUGCAGUAUUCCGUUUAUUCUCAGGUGUUAUAUAUACUUUGUGGAUAAAUUAUGCAGUUGGUUUUAGAAUUAGUUUUAGAUUUUUGGUUGGAGAAAGUUUUUUAUUAUUUUUUUCAGUUUGUGAUAAGGAAACUGUGAUUUAUUUUUUGUUACUAAACGUGGUUUUUAAUUUAACGAAGGAGGGCGUGAAUUGCCUCUUUGCGGAUGUAUAAUAAUUGUUAAAAAACAGUAUUUGGCUGGUCCACAUGCCCUUUUACAUUUUAAAUAGAUUGCAAAACAUAACAUAUUUAGAAAAUUAGUUUCAAAUAAAUAAAUAAAUAAUGAAUAAAUAUUAUGUAUCAAU